CGGCCCGGGAGGCGGAGGCGCGGGGGAGGAGGCCCCGCUUGGCUCCGCAGCCCCGGAUGCUGCAUGACUUCAUCCUUCCGCUGGCUCCCCUGCUGAGCUAGGGCCGGUCCGGCAGCUAGCCCGCCGCCCGCGCCCCGCCGCAGUCCCGCGCCCACCCCGCGCCCGCCAUGUCCGAGAUCCUGCCCUACAGUGAGGACAAGAUGGGCCGCUUCGGCGCCGACUCCGAGGGCUCUGACCUCUCCUUCAGCUGCCGCCUACAGGACACCAACUCCUUCUUCGCGGGCAACCAAGCCAAGCGACCCCCCAAGCUGGGCCAGAUUGGCCGAGCCAAGAGAGUGGUGAUCGAGGAUGACCGGAUAGACGACGUGCUGAAGGGGAUGGGGGAGAAGCCGCCGUCCGGAGUGUAGACGCGCCGGCUCAGGCGGCGGGCUCCGGGCCCAGCCACGCGGCGGCCAGGACCGCGGGCCGGCGAUGCGGCUGCCGGCGCCCCCCGCCCCGGCCCAAGCGCCCGCGGGCGGGGGCUGCAGGGCCGCGCCGCCUCCGGGUCGUAGUCGCUGCCGCCGCCGCCAGGCACUCCGGAGCUGUCCGCUUCAGCACCACAGCGGCGGCGGUGGCGGCGGCGCGGAUCGGCCCGGAGCCCGCCGCCGCGCUCAUGCACUUUAGAACCUCGGGCCGCAGCCCCACCCCGCACACCGGAAAGGACACAGAGACCCGCGGCCCUCAGCCCCCGGCCCGCCCCUUCCCGCACGGCUCCCCUGCCCCGCCCCUCUCCGGCAGGUCUGGUCUGCAGAGCCGCUGCCGGCCGGUGUCGGACCUCGCGCGGCCAGGGAUGUUUGGCUGCGUACUUGCAUGAGCUUCCCACCCACCUGAGCCCAGCCCUCCAGGCCGCUCCUCACACCACCCCUGUCUGGCGUGACCCCAGCCUCAGCCUCUUUCUAAGGGACUUCCUCAGCACAUUUGUAUUUUUAUAUCCGACUCUUUGUUUACUGAUUCCCCUCAUGGUUCGUGCCCUCCCCCUAUGGUCUCGGCCUCUCUCUUCUGCGCCUGGCAGAUAGGACGGUGUUGGUGUUGAGGCUGGGAUGAGACAAGCCCCCAACAUGGUAACCAACCCCAUGGCCGGUCUGUCCAUGCCUGACCCCAGGUGGCUCUCUGGCAGACCCCUCCCCUCAAGGUAUCACCUUCCAAGGGCCCAGGUCUGAUUUUACCUUGGACUCCUGCGUCCUGCCCCUGGAAAGCCAAAUGGGGACUGCUCUGCAUCUUUGGAUGACACCUGUGGCCCUGGAGAUGUUCUCAACCCAGGGGUGUCCUUUGUAAAUGUUCCUCCAUCCUCACUGUACCAGGAGUGUGUGAAUAAACACAGACCUCCCUGUGUG